AUGAAUAAUAACCAACAACAAUACUAUUCUCAUCUUCACAAUCAUCAUCAUCGCACCGCCGUUGUCAAUCGUCAAAGACCAGUGCACAUAUUGUAUUGCACAGGGAAUCAAGGCAAAUUUGCAGAAGCAUCAAUAAUCGUAAACAAUUGGUUGAAAGAAAACGAAGGAUGGGGUAUUGAUAUUCGAUUGAUACAGGCCGACCCAGAUCCCACGGAGGUUCAAGGUUCAGAUCGUCAAAUAGCCGUACAAAAGUGCGUGAGCGCAUACGAAAGCGUGAAAUAUACCGGAGCAUUAACGAUUGAUAUAGAUUUCGUAAUCACCGAGGACGUUGGGCUCCGAUUAGAUGCUUUGAACGGCUUCCCGGGCCCGUAUUGCAAACCGAUGUUGGAGACGAUUGGAGUGGAAGGUUUAGCAAAUUUAGUUUUAAAAUACGACGAAGAAAAAGGGGAAAGGAACGCUAUGGCCACGUGUACCUUAGCAGUUUUAGAAACUUCGGUCGCUUUUAAAUAUCCUUUGUUCGUGGAGAAGUGCGUGCACGUAUUCGAAGGCGCCAUCGCGGGGAAAAUAGUCGAACCGAGAGGAAGCGUACAACACGGGAAAGCGUCCUGGAACGCGUGCUUUGAAGUAGCUGCUAACGACGAGACAGAUGGUGCGACUUUCGGGGAACUCUCGUACGAACAGCAAUCGAAAGUAAGUCACCGGAAAAAAGCCAUCGAAGGAUUUCUAAACUCGCCUCUGAUUUUAGGACGUUUGAGUUGA